UUUACUGACUGCACGAGUUCCAGCAUAAUGGAUGCUUCGAACCCAGCCGCGUCGAUGCCCCUUCCCAAGGCGGAAGCUCCGGCGACGUCCGAGUCCAAGGCUGCGGCGGUAAAAAACAAAGGCGCUGAAGUUGUGAGUAAGUACAUCGACUCGAUUAACAAGACCGACAUCGUUCGCAUCAACGGAUACCUUCGCUUCGCCAACAUCGCGGUCGGUGUCGUCUUCGGCCUCAUGGGGCUUGUCGGUAUUUUUUCCGUCAGCAGCUAUGAAAGCUUCUUGGUGCAGUUGUACGUGAUUGUGCUCUCGGGCCUUCUCGUUCUCUUUGAGUUCCGGGAGAAGUUCCCGAAGCUUGAGACCAAGACAAAGGAGAACUUUGGCUUCAUGUUCACUGGGUUCGGCCGUUCUGUGUACAUCUUGCUGAUUGCGUUGUUGUCCUUCACCCAAGGCACCUUUGGCAUCAUCAUGGGCAUUGCCUUCUUCAUCUUAUCUGCGUUCAAUUUCUUCAUCAUGUGGAACCACCCCCAGUACCACAGUGUCAUGCGUGGGCCGUCGACUACGACGGCGGCCGCCGCCAAUCCCGCAGUUGAGCAACACGUUGCCGACGUCGCGUAUGUUCCUUCCGCCGCUGGUGUUGCUGUGUAAGUAUGCCCAAACGACGACGCUGUUAUUAGCACGAAAACGAUAAAUAUUUCAGUUUGCACGUUGCUUUGACUUCA